CCAAAACAAGUAACUGCACCAUCAUUGGGAAUCGUUCUCGCACCAUGGACGAGAGUCAUAAAACAGGAAAUAAUUUCCAGUUUAUAUCGAUAUCGAGUCCUGAUGAGGCGAAAGACCGCGAUAAACGACGCCAGGCACGCUCGCAUGCCGCCAAACAAGGGAGACAGCGGUCUCAGUAUGUGUCUCCGAGAGACGACGCGGGUGCGUCAGGCCAAACAUUGAUUCCUUGGUCCAUAUUUGCCCCGGUCUCGGCCUACGGCCCCUUUGAGACUCUAAUUGGAGAUUCUCCCAAAUUGAGAGCUUUACUUAGCCAUGAUGCUGCUAGGCAAGCUGCAGAACCUAUAUUCAGCGUUGCAGAUCCUGUCGUCUUCCAGGACUUUGCUUCCGUCUUCCGCACCGAUCUUGACGACCCGGCUCUUUUAAAUGCUGUUAAGCUCACUUUUGCAUUUGCUGUGACUGGGGGAAAUAUCGAUCAGGAAUGUCUUGAUUAUCAAAAUCAAGCCAUGAGCACGAUCCGUGAAAGGAUGGAUUCGCUAGAGUCGGCUUUGUCAUUACCGACUCUGGGGGCUAUCUUGCUCCUUGCUGGCGUGGAGGCACGUCUUGGUAUGCGAUGGCAAGUUCAGCUACAUAUGGGUGCCAUCCAACAGCUUCUAGAACUGGGCCAGACAAAAACCAUCUACCUAACAGACGGGAUCAAACGUGCCAUCUUCUGGCAAGACCUGAAUUCAUCUGUCAUGACGGGGUCUAAUCGUAUAGUGGACCACACUACUUUUGCCGAGCUUCAGUGGAAGCGCGAUCCUUUUGCCUCUACUUAUUUUUCCCUAGCGCCCGGGUUUCAAAGAAAAUCUCACUUGUUCGACGAAAAUUUCCUUGAAGUUCUGAGAGAUAUUCACGCGCUGCAGUGCGUUCAAGAUUUGCCCCGCUACUCGUGCCAGAAUCCAGUGGAAAUGCUCCGCAUUGAUAAUCAGCAGGCAUCCAUCGGAUCGAGGCUGGUGGAUCUACCGAAACUCUCCAAUACGAUGGAAGCUUGCUAUUUUGCAGCAUAUCUCAGUGCUUGUAUGCUUUGCUGCAAAGUGUGGCGCCAUUCCGUGAUGCCUUCUCAUGUAUCUUUACGACUACUACGCAAGCUUCAAGAAUCUAACGAGGACCCAUUUUGGAAUGACAAUCUGGAUCUGUUAAUCUGGAUGCUGUAUAUGGGCGGCUCGUUUUCUCCCAAGGGAGCUGUGCAUUCAGAAUACAAGGCCCUUUUAAAAACAUAUCAUGAUUCCAAGUUUAGAGGAAUGUAUGUCUCGCUGGAGGAUUUGAUGGAAAUUUUACAUGAUUUUAUUUGGUCAGAGAAAGCGUAUCCGGGAGUGGAAGUCAAACACCGCAUCGGCAUGCCUGGACUAUCUCGCUUCCGAGGCACAGACGACCAUGUCGCAACUCCUAUGAUGAAAGAGUACUACAGCCAACGAUCCCGAGUUCCUGGCACCUUAAUCAUCACCGAGGCUGGCAUUAUCUCUCCAGGGGCCGGCGGUUACCCCAAUGCACCAGGCAUCUGGCGCGAAGAUCAAGUUGCUGCUUGGAAAACCAUUACUGAUGAAGUCCACCGGAACGGCUCCUUCAUCAUUUGCCAAAUGUUUCAUGUAGGCCGGGCAGCAGUUCCCGAAAUUGCUGAAAAGGAAGGAAUUGAGAUUGUGUCCCCCAGCGCUAUUCCUAUGGGACAGGAUGCGACCGUACCAAGAGAACUGUCCGUUGGCGAGAUUAAGCAAAUCGUGAAGGAUUUCCAAUUUGCUGCAAAGAAUGCCAUUCGCGCAGGCUUUGACGGCGUCGAGCUCCACGCCGCAAAUGGUUACCUCCUUGACAGCUUCAUUCAAGACGUCAGCAACACUCGUACAGACGAGUACGGAGGCAGUAUCGAGAACCGAUCCCGCUUUGCAUAUGAAGUCAUGAAAGCUGUCGGCGAUGCCAUCGGACCUCAGCGCGUGGGGAUGCGCUUCAGCCCCUGGAGUACGUUUCAGGGCAUGCGAAUGGACGAUCCCAUUCCUCAAUUUUCAGACGUCAUUAGCAAGGCGAAGGAGUUGGGCCUUGCCUAUAUCCAUCUAAUUGAGCCCCGAGUUGCCAACUCUGACGAUCUGGAGCAUCCAAUUGCUGAAAGCUUGGACUUUGCAAUCAACUUGUGGGAUGGACCAAUCCUUCUAGCAGGUGGAUACCGGCCGGAUAACGUCCAUAAGACGAUUGAUGAGAUGUAUCCUGGUAAAGACAUUAUGGUUAUGUUUGGUCGAUACUUUGUGGCAAACCCGGAUCUGGUCUUCAGGAUUAAGCAUAGACUGGAGCUGAACCAGUAUGACCGCAGCACCUUUUAUGCGGUUAAGAAUCCCAAGGGAUAUCUUGAUUACCCCUUCAGCCCUGAAUUUGAAGCAAACGUUCAAGCAUAGUAUAAGAUUUGGCAUUAAUAGCAGC